AUGGAAGAAGCAUUAAAAAACCUAUUCACGGGCGUAAAGUAUGAAGACAUGAUCGUGGAAUGCGAUCGCAGAACAUACCAUCCUUAUACGACAAACGCUUAUGGUAACUCCGAUGAGAUUAAUCUCGUCAUACAGAAAGCGGAUCUCAUCACGGCCACCUACGAUAGCGUUAUAUAUUUAGAAGGAACGCUGAAUCCGACUACCGCAAAUAAAGCUUACGAUUUCACCAACAACGCGCCGCUCUUUCUCUUCGACGAAAUUAGGUUUAUUUUGGGUGAUCAGGUGAUAGAAACUGUUCGAUUACCCGGAAUAAACAGCACCAUCAAGGGGUUUUGCUCAUACACAUCAGAUCAAAGCAGAUGCUUAUCGCAUGCAGGUUGGAGCCCUUCCGGGUCUCCUCAGAUACUAAAUAGCACGAAGACGGCUUUCUGCGCUUCCAUACCUCUAAAGCAUGUACUCGGGUUUGCCGAAGGAUACAGGAAGCCUCUAGUCAACAUCCGUCAAGAACUGAUAUUAAUUCGUUCCAAGGACGAUAGUGAUUGCUAUAAAGGCGAGACUGAAGUUAAGAUUAAUCUUACGAAGGUAACAUGGAAAGUUCCGUACAUAAUUCCUAACGAUGCUAUGAAGUUAUCGAUCUACGGGAGGAUUAACAAGAAUUCGCCGAUACAAGUGGCGUUUCAUGCGCGCGACCUUUACGUAUACCCAACCUUACCCAGCACCAGAUCAUUGGUUUGGUCGGUAAAAAGCAGCACCGGUUUUCAACGGCCUCAAUGGCUACUGAUUGCGUUCCAAACUAGGAAGCGAAAUAACAAAGAAGCAGAUGCGAGCGAGUUUAACCAUUUAAGCAUUUCCAAUAUAAAAGCAAACAUUAACAACCGAAGAUAUCCGUAUGAGCAGCAAAAUCUGGUUUUUACCGAUAACAAGUAUGUGGAUGCUUACGAAGAAUAUUUAAACUUUCGUAAUCAAUAUUACGACUCGUCGCAGGAGAGCUCCCUUCUUAGCUACAAAGAGUUCGAAAAGCAGCCUAUCUUCAUUAUCAAUUGCACCCGUCAAAACGAGAGCGUCCAUAACGUGGUGAUCGAUUUGAAGCUGGAAGUUGAAGCAUCAUCUGCAUUUGCAAAUGAAACUAUCGCUUACUGCGUUAUUUUACAUGAUGCAUUAAUCGAGUAUGAACCGUUCACCGGCAUCGUACGCAAAACUUAA